AAUCGAGAUACCCGAGGUCUCCGCUUACUGUUGCCAGACGUAUUUGGUUUCCGGGCUUGUUGGAUGUGGUUGGAUGCGGUCGUAAGAUGACGGAUGAUGAUGGGCUUCUUCGAGGCUGGCUGAGAAUGCCUGUGGCGUGUUGCUCACUCUUCCCGUCUCUUUCUGCGUUUGGGUGCCUUCUUCUUUGCCUCUGCCUGCGCCUCUCCCUCUCUCUCACUCUCUCUCUCACUCUCUCUCUCACGUUAACUACCUACCUACCUAGGUUUGGAAUAGGCAAGGUGUAUGUUCUGUCCUGCUCUGCUCUGCCCUGUAUUGCAACAUUUCGCGACCCGUGUCUGCAACGCUUUCCUGUAACCCGUCGAAUCGUAGGUAGUCCAGAGACGCGCCAAGGCGAGGUACUGCGAGGUACUGGGCUGUUCGCAGGCUGCUCGCAGGCUUACCUACCUGAUACCGAUUUCGUGCGUGCGCCCGGUAGGGAUCAAUUGAGUAGCUCGUUUCACCAUCAGAAUACGAGAUGGACCAAAUUCUCUACCAGAUCGUGCUGCGCGACCUGAGAAAUAUUGCAGGACUGCCUGUGUGGCGUGAAUUCUCAUGAUGCACCGUCGAUAUGCUGACACGUCAGGCGUGUUGCGCACCGUGACAGUGAUAAUCGGAGAGAAAAUCAUAAGUUUCGACAGCUUGCAACUCGCUAGGCGAAACGGCGGCCGAUGGAAGAAGCUAUUUGGGCUGCCUGUCUCGUCGCCCGAGAGCCGGAGAGAGAAUUCACAUUCUCCAGCGUCCGGGCCGAUCCCGAAGCUCAUCCGCUAUUAUGCACCACGCAUUUCAGAUGAG